GACCCAUUCACUCUCUCAAUCCUCGCCAUUUUCUUCCUUCAGUCAUUCCUUCAUCAUGCACUUUUUCAUUCUAAGCACUUUAUUUGUUAGCGUUUUUGCCUCUCCUUUAUUUGGUCAGGGCGAGCAGAAGGUCUUGCAGGAGUCUGGAUUAUUCUGCGAUAAUGCACUUUUCCGUGCGGCCAAGGAACCGCGAGCUGCGUCGGCCUACUGUUCAGCAUUCUUGAAUAUUCCCACAAUUACAGUCAGCAAGACAAUAGAUCGCGUCAUCAAGACAGCGACCAAGACGACUUCGACAAGGACCUACUUGGCAUAUCCGGUAACCACGAGGGUCGCACAAACAAUUACUCUGUUGGAAGGUGUCACCAAAACUAGCACGAUCACGGUUACAACAAGCAUAUCAACAACCACCACUCUACAGCCACUUACAUCCUGCCCUAUAGCGCCCGCCACGUGUGAUAAGGGGAGGAGCAUCAAUACCGCCCCACCUCUCGAAUCUAGGCCAGCAUGCUUCACGGCCUAUAGCGCUCUUGCGAAUCUGAGUGCAGCCUGUAAAUGCUUGAGCGUGCCUGCGGGGACUAUCACGAAGACCAUAACGAAAUCUGGUGCUCCAACAUCGACAAUCACUAUCACUGCGGCUGGAAAGCAGACUCGUCGGCUUACCAGAACCAUGACAACGGCCACAGUUACGAUCACUCCAACACAUGGGGCUACGGUGACCAAAUCAAUUUCUGCUGUGGAAACUGAAGUCAUCCACGGACCUUUCAAGAUUGCCUCUGGGCCAGAUUAUCGAUUGAACCCAGAAAACGGAUGGGCGUGGUCCUACGAAGCUCUUAGUCAUGAUGUGCAAGCAUCAUUUGGUGGCGAGGCGGACUGCUCUUCGUCGUAUUUUGCACUCAACGGCACUAGGCUCGUCUCGCAAUACUUUGACAACGUCGCGGACUUCCCACCCUACUCCCUCGUUGGGAAUGUGAAAGUCGAGGCUGGAAAUAAUGCCAAUGCGGUACAUUUCACGUCGGCCGAAAAGCUGACGGACGACCGCGUACCACUGAGCUGCACGUUCGAGCGUAGCAUGGACGAAGCGAAUCCGCAUGCUGCUUGUCCGCUGACAUGCACAUAUGCUGGAGCUGCAGGGGGUCGAUCUACGCAGAGAGAAGGUAAAAAGUGGUACUUGGGAGGCGAGGAAGGGGGCUUUAGCAGUUUUACGAUGUAUGCUUACCAGUACAACUGGGGGUAG